AGCGCACGUCAUUGCCAAACCAGUUGUCAGUUGUCGGCCAGCGACGACGGGCGUGUAUUGUGUUUGUGCAAAGUGCGCGGAGCUCCGACAAUGGCUCUGCUGAGACGACUGGCCGUGAACGCGCCUAGGAACGUCCGAGUCCUAUCCUCCGCGCAGCCCGCACGCGACGACCUCGACCUUAACUUUAACAGUCCGAAAGAUGCGUUCAAAAGUAAGAAGACCAGCGAACUGGUGCGAGCCUAUUUCGUCUACCAGAUAUGUUCCGUGAAUUGGAUCGUGGAGAAUAAUGAUGUGUUAAUGAGGAGACUCCGCCAAGUGGUCGGGCAAAGACUCUUCGAGAUCAUCAUGAAAGCGACCUUCUACGGCCAGUUCGUCGCUGGUGAAGACCAGAACACGAUUAAGCCAACCAUUGACAGGUUGCGGUCGUUUGGCGUGAAAUCAAUUCUUGAUUACUCCGUAGAGGAAGACAUCACACAGGAAGAGGCGGAGAAGAGAGAAGUCAGCGCCUCGAUAUCAGAGAGCGGGGACAAGCAGGAGGAGGGACAGCUGAGACAGUACCACGUGGAGCAGCGGUUUGCCGACCGCCGGUACAAAGUGACCAGCGCCAGAACAUACUUUUACUUGAACGAGGCGUCCUGCGAGAAGAAUAUGGAGGCGUUCUUGAAGAGUAUCGACGCUGUCGCUGGUGUUACCAAAAGCACAGGCCUAAUGGCCGUUAAACUGACCGCUCUCGGCAGACCUCAGUUGUUGCUCCAAUUAUCAGAGGUAAUUAUGCGGGCUCGGAACUACAUGCAGCAGAUCGGUGGUGGCACCGGCAACGUGCUCACCCAUCACAAGACCAUCGAGGACUUCCAGAGGUACUUCGGGAAUCACAGCACCAAGCCCGAGGUGCAGGAGUUCAUGAAGAAGAUCACCUCGGAUAAGGAAGGAAUCGUGCACCUGUUCCCCUGGUCGAACAUUCUCGACAAGGAUAUGGGUUUAUCCGACUCGUUCCGAGUGCCGGACCCCAAGACUGGGCAAAUGAGGCGUCUCAUCUCCCAAAUAUCCCCCAAGGAGGAGGAGAUGUUCAGAAACAUGCUCCGACGUUUGAACCACAUCAUCCAAGCGGCCAACGAAGUAGAUGUGAGGAUCAUGAUUGAUGCUGAGCAGACUUACUUCCAACCUGCCAUAUCCAGGAUCUGUUUGGAAAUGAUGAGGAGGUAUAACAAAGAUAAGUUCCUAGUAUUCAACACUUACCAGACCUACCUGAAGAAUACGUACAACGAGAUCGUCACCGAUUUAGAGCAGGCCCAGCGGCAGAACUUCUACUGGGGAGCGAAGCUGGUGCGCGGCGCGUAUAUAGAACAGGAACGCGCCAGGGCAGCUGCGAUGGGCUACGAAGACCCAUCCUGCGAGAAUAUUGAAGCCACUACAACAUCCUUCCACAAAUGUCUAAAGGAGAUUCUGAGCAGGAUGUCAAGGAAAUCUACUAGUCAAUUAAGUGACGAAGAGAAACGCAAGGCAGAGCAGAAAGGUCGGUUAGGCAUCAUGGUGGCCUCCCACAACGAGGAUACGGUCAGAUAUGCCAUUCAAUUGAUGAAGGAGCACAAUAUAAAGCCUGAUGAUAAGGUGGUCUGCUUCGGACAGCUGCUCGGCAUGUGCGAUCACAUCACCUUCCCAUUAGGUCAAGCAGGCUACUCGGCUUACAAGUACGUGCCAUAUGGGCCCGUGUUGGAAGUCUUGCCGUACUUAUCGCGGCGUGCCAACGAGAACCGCGGCUUCCUUGUCAAAAUCAAGAAAGAGAAGGGACUCAUCCUCAAGGAAAUAUUCCGUCGUAUCUUCACCGGUCAGGUCUUAUACAAACCUGAAGGCAAAUACACGCCCGUGUAAAUCUUAGCCUUCAAUCAUUGCGUUAUAGUCUAAUUUGCGUUGUACGGUUCACACGCUUGUAGCGUGACAAAUUGAGUCCAGUGAAUAUUGCGAUUUCAAAAUUGAACUUGUAACUAAUUGUUUAGGAUUCGUUUUCGAGUGCAGUGUCCCUGGACGACGACCUAAUCCCAUAGUAUGAAUGGACAGUGUGAGAUAUGGCUAAAUUUAAGUGUAUAAAUUGAUUUAGUGCUUGAUUCAGUAUUUUAUUUAUUAACGAAUUUAAUUUAUCAACGCUUACAUCAGUAGGGUUACGUAGUACGCUGUUAUAAACAAUUAUUAUGUGUUGAAUAGUCAUUGAGUUUUUACGUCCUUGUAACUAUAAUUAUAGUAAUUCCGAUAAUUGUAUUGCAGGGUUGUAUUCAAAAUGUAGGUACCGCCAUAUUUAUUUUAAUGUUUAAUUAUUUAUUUGUUUAGAAAUAUGUUUGUAAUGACCGCAAAUCAGAACAACCCUUCAAUAUCUGUCAACACACAUAUGUGACAUUUGUCAAUAUGACAAACUUCAUUUCAACAGUUUAGCUCCGCUCCAUACUUGUUGUACAGACUUUUGAAAGUCGUCUGACAAUCUCAUGUCGAUUAGGUUAUUAUUUAUUAUUUUCAAUAUCUGAGCAGAGGUUACGGAAAGCAGACACUUUCAAGCGAGUUUAUUGCUGACUUUGAAAGUGUUUAAGUGGAAAUCAAAUAAGAAUAUUUUUUUAGACACGACCGAUAUAAGCUAUGUUACUGGAACGUAAAUGAUCUAACGUAUCUGUGAAAUAAAUAUUCGAUAAUGCUAAAAAAAGAUAAAUAGCGUUUCUUUUUAUCAUCUAUUCGACAUGAUUUCAAUUUGAAUUUGUCAAAAGUUAACCUGCUGCUAAUAGCAUACUCGAAUCGUGAGCAAGUGUCCACUGGUCUUUAGGGACUCUGACAGAUCUGAGAAG